ACUUUUCGAUAACUAUCGCACGUAAUAUUACCACGGCUCGAACGUCUGUUUGUGUCUAGUCGAAGUUUUACCUGAAAGCAGACAAAACGAUGUCCACGUUUUUAUGUGUUCUGUUGCUGGGCGUUAUUCUUGUGGCCAGCGUCCAAGGAUUGACCAAGGACCAGCUCCAGCAGAUUUUGGAGAAUGGCAAAGGCGAUGUUGAUGGUAUGUUCGACGGACUAGGAAGCGCAACAGAAGACGACGUUGACGUAGAAGACAUUUUGGAACAACUUGGAUUCCAGGAGAAGACAGAUGUCGACAACGAUGAUGAUGAUGAUGAUGAAGAAGACAUGAAACGUGUUGGAUGGAAUUGGGCCUCUAGGCAACUGAAGUCCAAAAAUGUAAACAAAAAACGUGUUGGAUGGAAUUGGCCCACAAGGCGGCUGAAUUCUCAAAAGGAUAACAUGAAGCAUGCUGGAUUGAACUUGCCCGCCAGAGGAGAAAACUCUAAAACAGACAAAGACGUGGGAUGGUGGACUGGAGCUAAUGUUAACACGAAGCGUGAUGGAUCGAACUUGCUCGCCGGAGGAGAAAAAUCCAAAAAAGACGAUAGAUUAGGAUGGUGGUUUAGCCCAGGUGCACCGGCUGCUGACGAUGUGAAACCAAAGGCAACGGAAGACAUUGUAAUUGAACUGCCUGGUUUUUGGUGGAUACCUAAAGGGAACAAUGUGAAGGAUCCGGCUCCUUGGUGUCAGUCGCAUAGUUCCGGAGCUAGUUGUUGUGUUCAGAGGACGAUGCACGUACGCGGGAAGAAAUAUCACUUGAACGCUUGUGUGAACGUGGACUACCACCCUCAUGUAAAUGAGUACUCGGUCUACUUCAGUGUGAAUGGGUACUCUCUCUUCCACAAGGACACAGACCUGAACAUGAAUGAAGUGGAGGAAUGUUUCUCGGCGUCUUCGCUGGUUCCUGGUAGCAAGAUCUGCAUUAAACUGUACAAAAUCUGCACCAAACACAAGCAUAUGUGCGCCGCCCUGGAGGGCAAGGCCGUUAUCAAGGGGGUAGAGAAAAACGUCAAGCUGGACUACGGAUGUUUCCAAAUUGGUUCCGGAGACGAGAACGACGAUGCGCAGGUGCCCGAUGGCAUGGAAACAGAGGAGCAGGCAACAAAAGCUGAGAUGUUCCGAGCUCUAUCUGCUCAGCUAGAUCUGAGUGACGGGGGUGAGGAAACGAGCUCUAUCGAAGAUGACACGCUGCGUUUUGAAAAUUGAUUCCGCAGUGCCUAACAUGAAGUUAAAGUCAAAAUAUGAAAAGCCAGUUGGGACAUUCCAAUUUCUUAUUGAUACUUGUCAAUUGUUUAUUACCAAUUGUUCCUUUUGAUAAAUACGUCUGCCUUUGGUAAUACUUCUUUAUGAAAUGUUUAACGACAAUAAACAGUCAUGUGGACCCCUGGGUAAACUAUAUGCGCUCAAACGAAGCAUGUUCGUGAGAAGGGCUGAAAAAUGUCAACUGUCAUUUGCUCAUUACAAAACGCUCGAUACUAUCUGUCGAUGGCUUUUUGCUAAUUGCUCAUUGUCAAUUGCUCUGCGCAAAUAACACUUAACCAAAAGAUAAUAGACAUAAUGCCAUUUUUUUGUUCUUUGGUACUAAUAAGCACUUUUGGAAGUUUGAUAACCUUAAAAAAUCUAUUUCAGUCCAGAAAUAAACAAAGACUUCCAACGAUAUAAGUUAAAUAUCAGUUUCAAUGAUGCUUUUAAAUGGACAGAGUGGACAAUUGGAAUUGGCAAAUAGCAACAUAAGACGACACCUUUGCGUAACAUCAGAAAGUGAUAACUAUAAUGUUGUAAUAUCUUUCACAAUCGCUGUAAUAUCAACCAGUUUAAACUUAACUAAAUUGAAACUAUCAAAACAGCGUCUUGCGAAGAUGCUAGUUGCAAAAAGCAAAGAUCAAUUGAAAAAUGGCAUUCAGCAAUUGGCAUGUCCAAACCGGAUUUCUACAUACAUGUAUAUGGCAAUACUUGUUUUGUUCAUGUUAUAAUUAUCAUAAUAAAAAAACGAAACUUUGGAGCGGUGAUAUACUUUGUCAAUAUGGCUUUAUUAUUAUGCAAUACAUAUUCAAUUGAUUUGGGAAUGGACAUUCAGCAUCAUUUUGACAUGUACUGUAUGUAUACAUGUAUUUACCUUGUUUAAGAAUUUGGUUUCAAAUCAUAAUAUGUAUGUUUAAUCGAUUUCAAUAAUUAUGGUUUGUGUUUUUCCUUUCAUUUUUAAAACAACAUAACUUGUCAAAUAAAGUAUCGCAUAUCCUUCCAUACAUACAAUUGUUAUGUCUUCUUUAUUCACUCAAAUAAAAGAACUGUAAAAAAGGCUAUACCUUAUAAUAUAGUUUGUUUAUUGCUUCCCAACUGACUUAAAGAUAUGCUCCGAACAGAACUAUGUUUUGGACUGUCUAUUGGUUUUUGUUAGGAUUUUGGCAGAAUUGAGAUAUGGGUGGGUAAACCCCAAACAAACAAUUUAUUUAAUACAGCCUUAUGUUAGAUUUUAGGGCCGGUAUUCAUUACAAGUCAUUUCUUAACUUAAGUGUGUGUUUAACAAUUAUUAUACUAAUAACUUUAAUCUUAUCAAUGAAAAUAAAGUAUUUCAGAUA